AUGGCACAGGAGAAGGAAGGACCGGUGGUUGAGACCGGUGAGCAGAAUGAUUCCGCCGUCGCUGCCGUGGCCGCAACUGCAACCUCCGAUAGCGUGGAGAAGAAGCGAAAGGGAUUCUUCUCGCGUAUAUGGAAUGGGAUAUUUAGGGUUAGAGGAGACGAUUUCGAGAAGAGACUUCAAUACAUCUCAAGGGAAGAAGCGACUGUUUUAUCCAGGAUGAAGCGCAGAUCGAUGUCAUGGAGGAAACUCACUAGAAAUCUCAUCGUUUCCUCUGUGAUAUUCGAGAUAAUUGCAGUGGGUUAUGCGAUCAUGACCACCAGAACGGAAGAUUUGGAUUGGAAAAUGAGGAGUUUCCGGAUCUUGCCAAUGUUUCUCUUACCUGCUGUUUCUGCUCUUGCUUAUUCCUCAGUCGUCAGCUUCUCAAAGAUGUUUGACCGCAGAGAUCAAAAGACUUUGGAAAAGCUUCGAGCAGAAAGGUUGGCUAAAAUCAAUGAGCUUAAAGAAAGGACCAAUUAUUACACCACACAACAACUUAUUCAGAGAUAUGACCCCGACCCAGCUGCAAAGGCUGCUGCUGCAACUGUCUUGGCAUCCAAAUUGGGUGCUGAUUCAGGCUUGAAAGUAUAUUUAGGAGAUGAAUCCCAACUCGAUCCAUCCUCGGGUAAGAGCAAUGACAUGGAGGUUAACCAAUCACGUGGGCUGAGGAAUCGAAGACAACCAAAUACUAGACCUCACAGUUCUGGGAGCACUUCAGCACAUCAUUCUGAUGAUGAGUCUCACCAUUCGGGCACAAGCGAGAGAUUUCCAGGGAUCCCAGAGCAAAACCAGCAGAUGUUGGUUGAGCAUUACAAUCCUCAGGGAUAUGCGGCUCCCGAUGGCAGUUGGAUCUCACGCAUCGCAGCUCUCCUCGUGGGCGAAGAUCCCACACAAUCAUAUGCACUCAUUUGUGGAAACUGUCAUAUGCAUAACGGACUUGCUCGGAAAGAGGAUUUUGCAUACAUUACAUAUUAUUGCCCUCACUGUAACGCUCUGAACAAACCGAAGCAUUCAGAGGAGAACCGACUUCUUCCUCCUGUUUCCGCUUCACUGGUCACAGACUCUCCGACAUUGAUCGAAACCAGCGAAGUGGUGAAUAGCAGCAGCUCGAGUAGUGAACGUGGUAAUAGCCCCACUCCAGAAAUAAAGGAGGAAGCUGUGACUACUGAGACUGGGACACACUGA